AUGGAAGAACACAAGGAAGACGAGCUAGAUUAUGAGCCAGAAAAAAUAGGUCAGAUCUUAAGAUUGGCCCAGUCAAAGAAGAACAUUAUCAGCUUGAACAUGGACCUCGAAAAGGAUAUGCAGAGAAUAGAUGAAGCAAACCAGGAACUCCUUCUCAAAAUCCAAGAGAAAGAAAGUGCGAUCCAGAGGCUGGAAAGUGAAAUCACCCAGACUGGAGACCCAGCAGAGGAGGAGGAGGAGUGGGAGAGGGAAAACUGCUCCCUGCUGGAAAAGGAAGCAGCCUUGCAGGAGCUGGAAGAAGAAACAGCCAGACUGGAAAGGAAGAGAGAGAUGCUGGUCCACGGUAUAACAGAACUUCAGAGAAAGCUUACGAGGAAGUCACAGAAGAUAACCAAGUUUGAACAAGGCAAUCUGGACAGAAUCCCAGAAGAGUCAAAGGUUCAGCUUCAGCAGCUGGAAACGUCCUGUGCAGAGCAAGAGAAGGAGCUAAUCAAGGUAAUGCAAGACUAUGAGUUUGUGACCCAGCUCUGUGAAGACCAAGCCCUCUGCAUAAAGAAGUACCAAGAGACUUUGAGAAGAAUAGAAGAAGAACUGGAGACCCAACUCCUUGAGAGAGAAAUGUCAAAAGUCUUAAGCAUGGAAUCUAUGAGAAAUACUCAAGACAGCCAAGAUCACAAGUAUAAUUCUAUUCUAAAAAAGUCCACGUUGUUGGGUAAAAGGAUUUUCCGUACUCUCUUUUCGACCACUCUGUUUUUCACAAGGCUGCUGGGAUAUCUAGUCUUCCACCUAAUUUUCAUAAAUCCGGAUAUCCUGGUCAACAUACUGCCCAAGAUCCUGAGCAGGAACCUCCUGUGGAGGCUCAGAUGUUCCCUCUGCCCGUCGCUCACGCUUGAGACGGAGGGCGUGUUACCCCACUGA